AGGGAAAAAAGGCAUCGUAUCAAACCAAUAACAACUACGCACUGCACACGACUUCCCCCAUCUCUCUCUCAUGGCGACGGCGGCGGUUGCCGACUCCAGGAAGCUCCCACGGCCAGGGCGAGGCGGCGUAAUCUCCCACAACCUCACCGAAGAAGAAGCCCGAGUCCGAGCCAUAGCAGAGAUCGUCAACAACAUGGUCGACCUCUCUCGCCCCGGCGACACCGUCGAUCUCAACGCCCUCAAGUCCGCCGCUUGCCGUAAGUACGGCCUCUCACGCGCCCCCAAACUGGUGGAGAUGAUCGCCGCGCUUCCCGAGUCAGACCGCGACUCUCUCCUCCCCAAACUCAAGGCCAAGCCGGUUCGAACCGCCUCCGGAAUCGCCGUCGUGGCUGUGAUGUCGAAGCCUCACCGCUGUCCUCACAUCGCCACCACUGGGAAUAUAUGUGUGUACUGUCCUGGAGGACCUGAUUCGGAUUUUGAGUAUAGUACUCAGUCGUAUACUGGAUAUGAGCCCACUAGUAUGCGCGCAAUUCGUGCCAGAUAUAACCCGUUUGUUCAAGCUAGAAGCAGGAUAGAUCAACUCAAAAGGUUGGGCCACAGUGUCGAUAAGGUUGAAUUCAUCUUGAUGGGAGGUACUUUCAUGUCAUUACCAUCAGAUUACCGUGAUUACUUUAUAAGGAAUCUUCAUGAUGCUUUAUCGGGACACACUUCUGUUAAUGUUGAGGAGGCUGUUUCCUACUCUGAGCACAGUGCUGUAAAGUGUAUUGGGAUGACUAUAGAAACGAGGCCCGAUUAUUGCCUUGGACCUCAUUUGAGGCAGAUGCUUUCUUAUGGUUGUACACGACUGGAGAUUGGAGUUCAAAGCACAUAUGAGGAUGUGGCUCGUGACACCAAUAGAGGCCACACAGUAGCAGCCGUGGCUGAUUGCUUUUGCUUGGCAAAGGAUGCUGGUUUCAAGGUUGUUGCUCAUAUGAUGCCUGAUCUUCCAAACGUUGGAGUUGAUAGGGACAUGGAAAGUUUUAAAGAAUUCUUUGAAAGCCCUUCAUUCAGAGCUGAUGGGCUUAAAAUCUAUCCUACGCUUGUUAUUCGUGGAACUGGGCUUUACGAGCUUUGGAAAACUGGCAGGUAUAGAAACUACCCACCUGAGCAGCUUGUGGACAUUGUAGCUAGGAUCCUAGCCAUGGUACCCCCUUGGACACGUGUUUAUAGAGUUCAGCGGGAUAUUCCUAUGCCUCUAGUUACUUCUGGGGUUGAGAAAGGAAAUCUUCGGGAGCUAGCCUUAGCUCGGAUGGAUGACUUGGGCUUGAAAUGUCGAGAUGUUCGAACACGUGAAGCUGGAAUCCAGGACAUUCACCACAAAAUAAAACCAGAAGAAGUUGAUCUUGUCCGCCGUGAUUAUACUGCAAAUGAGGGCUGGGAAACGUUUCUGUCAUAUGAAGAUACACGCCAGGACAUUCUUGUUGGGUUACUGCGCUUAAGAAAAUGUGGCCGGAAUGUAACUUGCCCAGAACUCGUUGGGAAGUGCUCAAUUGUUCGUGAACUCCAUGUCUACGGGACUGCAGUUCCAGUUCAUGGCCGGGAUGCUGAUAAGCUGCAACACCAGGGUUAUGGCACACUGCUAAUGGAGGAGGCUGAGCGGAUUGCUCUUAGGGAGCAUAGGUCAACAAAGAUGGCCGUUAUUUCAGGUGUAGGAACCCGCCAUUACUAUAGGAAAUUGGGCUAUGAACUUGAAGGUCCUUACAUGGUAAAAUGCCUAGUGUAAGAAGACUGAUAUGCUUGAUGCAACACCAAUUUUGUAAAAUCCAUGUUAUAUGUAGUUUGGGUUAGUUUGACAUGUUUUUAUAUAUUUGUUUAUGCUCUUUGUCCUUUCCCUGAGCUUUUUGAGUUUGUUUCGGGGGUUUAGGUUAUAUUUGGAUAUUGAAUGUGUUCAUUGAGUGAUCAAAUCAUGUAAUGUUUUUACACGUUAUCAAAAUCCAAUCCAAUGACUAGUUUAAAAUUAAAGUAAAA